GUGGGGAGAAGGAGAGAGAGAGAGAGAUCGAGAUUGAGAUCUUAAGAAAGAGAGCAAGGAGGAAGAGCCCGGUGCGGAGCAGGUCCUUCUCCCCCACCCCCCUACCCCCAACUCCCACCAGAGCCGCAUUGAGACUGUAGGCACCACCGGGCGCCGAAUGGCUGUUUUCUAACUGGGAUCCUCGGUGACGUAUGGCUGCCUGCCCCUUGGCAGCUGUCUUUAUGGACCAGUAGGCAGAGUGAAAUUGACGCUGACAAGACUUUUGCAUCUUGGAAGGGACUGUAAUCUACUGUAGUGAAGAACAGAGCCUCUCAAUCAGACGGGUGUAAAUAAGAGACGGAGGGGAGUCCAAAAGAAAAGGAAGAGGAGGAAAAACAAGUGUGUGUUGGGGGGAACAGGGGGAAAAGCAUUUUUGGUGGAUGGUAUGAAGCCAGCCAUGGAAACUGCAGCCGAGGAAAAUACUGAACAAAGCCAAGAGAGAAAAGUGAACAGCAGAGCUGAAAUGGAAAUUGGCAGGUACCACUGGAUGUACCCAGGCUCAAAGAACCACCAGUACCAUCCCGUGCCAACCCUGGGGGACAGGGCUAGCCCCUUGAGCAGUCCAGGCUGCUUUGAAUGCUGCAUCAAGUGUCUGGGAGGAGUCCCCUACGCCUCCCUGGUGGCCACCAUCCUCUGCUUCUCCGGGGUGGCCUUAUUCUGCGGCUGUGGGCAUGUGGCUCUUGCAGGCACCGUGGCGAUUCUUGAGCAACACUUCUCCACCAACGCCAGUGACCAUGCCUUGCUGAGCGAGGUGAUACAACUGAUGCAGUAUGUCAUCUAUGGAAUUGCGUCCUUUUUCUUCUUGUAUGGGAUCAUUCUGUUGGCAGAAGGCUUUUACACCACAAGUGCAGUGAAAGAACUGCACGGUGAGUUUAAAACAACCGCUUGUGGCCGAUGCAUCAGUGGAAUGUUCGUUUUCCUCACCUAUGUGCUUGGAGUGGCCUGGCUGGGUGUGUUUGGCUUCUCAGCGGUGCCCGUGUUUAUGUUUUACAACAUAUGGUCAACUUGUGAAGUCAUCAAGUCACCGCAGACCAACGGGACCACGGGUGUGGAGCAGAUCUGUGUGGAUAUCCGACAAUACGGUAUCAUUCCUUGGAAUGCUUUCCCGGGAAAAAUAUGUGGCUCUGCCCUGGAGAACAUCUGCAACACAAACGAGUUCUACAUGUCCUAUCACCUGUUCAUUGUGGCCUGUGCAGGAGCUGGUGCCACCGUCAUUGCCCUGCUGAUCUACAUGAUGGCUACUACAUAUAACUAUGCGGUUUUGAAGUUUAAGAGUCGGGAAGAUUGCUGCACUAAAUUCUAAAUUGCAUAAGGAGUUUUAGAGAGCUAUGCUCUGUAGCAUGAAAUAUCACUGACACUCCAGACUAAAGCAGAGUCUAGGUUUCUGCAGUUUUGUUACAGUAAUUUGUAAAUAGCUUUAGUAAACUCACCUUGCAUGGUAGAUUAAUACGAUGACUUACUGUACAUGAAUUACACAAUAAUGAGAUCUGGCUAUUUCCACAUUUUGAAAAGGAUUCAGUUAUUUACUGACAGUGGUGAGCAUCCUUUUUAAAAUAAUGUUCUCAUACUUAAACAUUAGAGAGCAGUAUCUUUAAAUGAAUUAUUAACACUUUGGAAUACUUACAUUUUCUGUUAUUUUUGAUUGCCUGAUAACCAGUUUCAAUGAUGAAAAUGAAAACAAGUGCUGAAGAUGAAAUGGAAGAGAACCGUUUUAAUCUGGAUUUUGUUUUGUCACACCUUCUGGAAAAUACUUUGCAAAUAUGUUCUAAAUUUAAAACAAUUUUUUUAUGAUCACAUGGUUCACUACCAAAUGACCCUCAAAUAAGCGAGAUGAAAAUUUGAAGAAAAAGGUCACCCAGUUCUCUGAGGAAAAAAAAAAAAGAUUUAUAUGUGGGUAGUUUUUUUUUUGUACAACACAGUCAUUCCGUUAGAGCCCACAAAAUUGGUAACCUUAAAUUGUGUGUUUUGGUAAGUAAUAACUGUUUCCUCUUCCUCAUAGCUAGUUCUCAAGCUGCAUGCAAGAUUUUAACGGGAAGAGAAAAUAGGCCUGGACCUGAAGGUCUCAAAUAUGUUGAGAAGGAAGUAUGAACUAUAAGGAACUUGAGAUGUAGAUUUAUUUUGCAGGAAAUACGAGGAAAAUAGGAAAGAAGUGUUUGCCGCAUCAAGUGUAAAGAAUGAUACUGAGGAUUUUUACAUUUUAUGAAAUGAAACAAUGGCAUUUACAAAAUGAAAAGUGUAGUUUCACAACUAAAUUUUGUUAACAGAGCCUGCAUGCUUUGCUUAUAGUUCUUAAUUUUGGUUUUGACAUUCAUUUAAUUUUUUCCAUGUUAAAUAUGUAGUUUAAUUAUUUACUCAAAAUAAACAUUGUUCAUGCUUUUAGGCCUUUGGGGGAAUUGAUUUUUAUUCACAGGUAGAAAAUGUCUUUGCACACACUACACUUAUUUCAAAUAUACAAUGUGCUCCCGAACUUUCGCAUUAGUCUUUAAAAUUACUCUCAAAAUGGUAUAUAAAAAAAAAAAAGCACCCUCUUGUAUUUCAUUUUUGCUUUUUCUUAACAAUACCUUUGGCCAUUUUUUUCCAGUUCACUAUGUUUGUGUACUAACUUUUCUUCAGCCUUUUAAUGCGAAGCCAACUAGUAGAGCAUGCUUUCAGGAUCUGACAGCUCUGCUAGUAGAGCGAGUAUUAAUACAGAAUAACCUUCGCCCCUUUAAAGUCAAGUCCGUCUAAUCUAACUAGUGCCUCGCUUUGCCUUCUCACAUGCUCACUAGCCAUCAUGCUCACCCUUCUCUUCCAGAUCCACUUCCUCAUGAUACUGUCUUCUAACUGGGCUUACUUAAAGGAUGCGAGCAAAAUGCAGGCUUACCAGGAUAUCAAAGCAAAGGAAGAACAGGAACUGCAAGAUAUCCAGUCUCGGUCAAAAGAACAACUCAAUUCUUACACAUAAAUGUUUGCCAGAGUGUUUCGGCCGACGUAUUUACAGCUCUGACAAAUCAUCAGACAGCUGCUCUGCAGUACAGUGUAUCCCACCAAACUAAUGUAGAUGUACAAACACUUCACUGUCUGUCUCAAGCUGCUGGGAUGUAUCUCUAGGAAGACCUUCCAGUGGGUAAAUCUUUUUCUUUAGAACAAAUAUUGGAGGUUUCAUGUUAGCCAUUUUAAAAGGCAACACUUUGACAAAAUGAUCGUUCAUACUUUGGGAAUUUGUGGCAUGUUCACAUUUAUUGCUAGGGCAAUUCUACCAAGACACUCAAUGGAAUAUGUCACACUCCUUAAUAGGGACCUGUGACAUGCCAGCAUCGAGGGAUAAGACCGUAAAUUCACAUAUAUGCCAUCUGUCCUCAAGUGUUAUCUACAUAGGAAAUAAAAUGGAAUUGAUGUAAAGUUCCAUUUCUGACAGCUGACAUUUAUUAAACUUUGGAUCAAAGAUAAUGUGAUUCUUAUGAUUGACUUCUCAAAUUAGCUUUUCCCUCCCAAGUCCAGGACCCAUUAAUUUCCUGAGCCAAUCAGAAAUAUAGUUUUCAAUAAUGCUAAAAUUAGCUACAAUUCUGCUGACCCUACUAUUAAAGAAUCUGGAUGCUGGACUCAUUGACAAGCUUUCCAGAAGCAAUUUUAUAACAGAUUUCAUUUUAACAAAAUACUGAUCCAAUUUUCAUUAUUCUUGAGAAAUGUCAGCUUUGCCUUAAUGAGUAUUUGCUUUAAAUUUCUAAGAAUUUAUAUCAUAACUAGAGACCCAAAUAUCUUUCACAGAAUUUUGUUCCAUAAAUGUUUUUCUUAAUUAAGAAGUGUUACCUUAUUAAAAUGACCACCAUUCUAAACCAUUUUUCAGUGGUCUGGAUACUAAGUUUACAGUUUCAUACCAACUAUCUAAAACCUAAUUGCAAAUUGACCACAGACCUCUAACCUCCUACUUUUAUAGACUUGAAUACUUAAGUAAUUUAAAUUAGGGUUGGUAUUUCAUUUUUUUUCUUAUCUAAAUCUUAGUUUCUUGGAAUAAUAAAGUUUGAUGUUCAGCAAGAAAACUGCUUGAGUUUAAGCCAUUUUCAAAAGAAACUUGCCUUUUACAUUAUUGUGUUCCAGAACAUUAAGUGACUGUAGGUACUGGGUAUUAGUGAUGGUAAACUUUGUGUUGUUCUUUAUGAAAUGAUCCAUAUAACUGUUGGGUGCAUCAGUGCUUUUCAAAGGGGCUGCUUACUAUAGGGUUAACUAUGUAUAUUCAUUGUUAAGAGUUAACUUGUGGUUUGGCUGUUUCCUGGAUUUUAUAACAUAUACAUGUGCAGAAAUGUAUUCAAAUGAAAGGAAGCAUACCUUUAUCAAGAUGCUAUUAAAAUUGAACAACAUCAAGUAUAAUAUUUCAUUUGGAUUCUUUUUGGUUAAUGCCUAAAAAUGCCUAUUUGGGAUUUUUUUUUUUUUUUAAUUAAGAGAAGCUCUCUUCUGUGUAGAACAGUUGUUCCAAAAUAGCUUAGUGUUUUGUUUUCCUGUUGCAUGACAGAUUUAACUAUUCUUUCCAGCAGUGGAGGUGCUGUCAGAGUCCAGUGUUCUAGAAGAGGCAGUGUCUAAAGCCUAAUUUUACUUUUCUAAUUCUGGUAGCUAUUACCAGGAAUUUUUGAAAGUUUUGUUUAAGUAGUCUAAUAUUUUUUAUGUAAAGAGCAUUAAAUUUUGCUAUGUAUAAAUUUUUGUAACCUAACAGUGAAUCAAUAUUUUCUAUCAGUGCCAAGGGCUUCCUGUAGUUCUAUUCAAGUGUUACAAUAAAUAUUUGUAGAUAAUAGUCAAUACUUGUGUAUGCUUAUUUUAAAGAUCUAUUUAGGUGGAAAUAGUUGUGGAUGUACUAAGAGUAAUGAAAUAAAAUUAUAGCUUCA